AACAAAUACGAACGUGGUGAAACGGACAAGUGUAUUAAGUGGAAUGAUUUUGUGGUGGAAAUGUUCCAUUCUGUUUCCAAUAGCAUGGGUUCCUCUGGCUCCGAAGACCUUUUUGAGGACUGCUUUUCUCCCUGCACCUUGUCCUCCUCCUCUUCCACAUUAACUUCUCAGCAAGGAAAAUUCUUCUGUUCGUCUUGCUGCGGGGAGAUAGUGGACAGGUAUCUCCUCAAGGUGAACAAUUUAUGUUGGCAUGUCCGCUGCUUGUCAUGCUGUGUGUGCAAGACAUCCUUAGGGAGACAUGUGAGCUGCUUUAUCAAGGAGACACAAGUUUUCUGCAAACUAGACUACUUCAGGAAAUAUGGGACACGUUGUGCACGUUGUGGUCGGAACAUCCAUACCAGUGACUGGGUGCGACAGGCAAGAGGUAACACCUACCACCUGGCUUGUUUUGCCUGUGCCACCUGUAAGCGUCAGCUGUCGACUGGAGAGGAAUGUGGGCUAUUAGAAAACAGAGUCUACUGCCGGCCCCACUAUGAUGUUAUGAUGGAGAAUAUCAAACGUUCUAAAGAAAAUGUAGAUAGAGACCAGGCAGUGAAAGAUGACUCCAGCACCAUGCCCAGACCCGCUAAGAGGGCUAGGACCAGUUUUACUGUUGACCAGUUGCAGGUAAUGCAAACUCAGUUUGCUCAAGACAACAACCCAGAUGCUCAGACUCUCCAGACACUGUCAGAAAGGACUGGUCUAAGCCGCAGAGUUAUUCAGGUCUGGUUCCAGAACUGCAGAGCCCGUCAAAAGAAACACACAACCACAAAUUGUGCCCCUAAAACAAUGCCUUCACUCCCUACUGGUCAUCUGACAACACCACUGUUUGAUGACUUGCAGUACACAACUUAUAUUACACCAGAUGUGCCUCUUCUGACCACAAUGACCUAUAUGGAGGUACAAACGCAAGACCCACUUCUACUUCAGCCGCUCAUACCCCAUCCACUAACACAGCUGCCCAUCAGACACACUUAAGAGGCUGUCUACCACUGGGAGAGGUCAAGGUCACCACUCACUAAUUGUCCAUCUAUGUUUUCUUCACCACUUAUCCUCUUUUGGGUGACGAGCGAGCCUGUGCCAGCGGGUGGCGAGGAAACACCCUGGACUGGAAGCCAGCCAAUUUCACAAGUUAUUACUGUAAAGUUUACGCCCCCGAAUGUGUUCCCAUGCACUUCAAAUACACAGGAAAGGUAGAGGAAUUCGAGUGGAGUUUUAUGUUUAAAAAGUAUGCUACUUUAAUUUAUAUGCAUAGUAUGUUGAAAGCACUAAGACAGUUGAAGUAAAUUAUUUGAUUAAAAAUGAAAUUUCAGUCUCCACUUAUAUUUAUAGGAUAUAAAAUGUCUGUCAUCUGCUGUUACAAAAUUCUCAGCCGCUAGUUAAACUGAAAAUUACUUGAACCAGUAUUUACAUUCUUGCACCUCCAUUUUUUGAUUGUUAUGAUGAAUGUGUAAUGAUCAUUUGGCACACUACAGUUGGCUGAUUGUUAUGCUCAAUUCUUCAUAUACUGUGCUUAAUUCUCAUGUAUUAUCACAAGGAUGCACUACCA